AUGCCAGCGAGUAGGCCUCUAAACCAACGUCAUGUUGUCCAUCUUUCAGCUAUCAUUUGGUGUGCUGCUCCGAGUCUAGACGCGUUGAAGUUUGACUGGGAUGCCAUUAAAUAUGUAUAUGCUUUCGGAGACUCUUAUAGCUUCGUUCAAGGGACAGCAGGUCAUGCUAAUUUUAGCUUUAUUGGAGACGCGCUCCAAUAUUCCUUUUCCCCCGAAGAGCUUCUAUCAAACGACAUAGUCCCAAAGAAUACUAGCUCCGAAGGUUCAAAUUGGCUCGAAUUCCUUACCGGAUGCUUCAGUGGUUCUCCUGCUGCCUGCGAUAAACAACUUUGGGAUUUCGCUUUCGCAGGAGCGGAUAUUGAUGCAGAUUUGCUCCCUCGUCAUCAUGAUUUUACGGUUCCACUUGUUGACCAAGUAAAUCAAUGGGUUACACUGACAGCCUGGUGGAUAGGAAUCAAUGAUACAGGAGAUACGGUGGACAAUCAUACCAUUACAGAUAUAAACGCGUUCUGGGAAACAGAAAUGCAGUCCUAUUUCCAGGGCCGUACAUAUGACAAUGGCUUGAAACAACACCUUUUCAUUAACGUCCCUCCCGGCGAGCGAUCUCCUCUCGCCAAUACAAACGUCACGAAGGCAGGGAUUCUCAAAAGUCACGUCGACAGCUACAAUACUGCCCUGAAAAAUCAUGUGCAGCUCUUCACACGCCGAAACCAAGGCGCGGUCACCUCCAUAUUCGACGCAAACGCAUGGUUCAACUACGUCUUGGACCAUCGUGCUAGCUAUGGAUUCAAUGACGUGACUGGCUACUGCACCUGCGCCAAUCCUGUAGGAUACUUUUGGUACAAUAGCGGUCACCCUACAGAAAGAGUGCAUCGGUUACUUGCAAAAGCCAUCGACGAAAGCCUUCGCACUGCCUAA